AUGCGCUUCAUCUACUUUCUUCUCGUUGGCAGUGCUGCCAUUUUCGCGGCCUCCGAAGGUGCAGUGCCAACUCCAUCCAAGCAGCUAAAGAUUUCGUCCGCAGACGUGCUUCGUCCAGUAGAUGAAGCUCCGUCAAGGAGAGUCCUGAGAAGUCGUGAUACAGCUGAAGCUAGUGAAGACUUGAGCGACGAAGAGCGCGGACCCUACAGCUACCUUUAUCUCUGA